AACCCAGGCUGACUCAUCGUUUCAUUGCAUCUCAGCAGCCGCCAGGCUUGAGCGGCAGCAAUGACCGGCCAUCAGCGGGGAGCAGCUUGACUCAUCUAGUAGCCUUGUCGGCGAUGGAGGAUGAUUGUGAUGCAUCGGAGGACGGCAUGGCGAUAUCGGGUCCGGCAGCCGGCCAUCUCACCUGGCGAUGGGUCAUGAGCGAGGUACACACAGCCUCUCCUGUUCCCUUUGUUUUUGUGCAUGGUUCUGUUCGUCAGCUGCGUCUGCGUGACGAGAUCCGGCAGCUGCAGGAAAAGGUCAAGGUGAGCAUACUGAGAGAGUGCAGCCAACAAAACACCUGCAAUCGCCUUCCCCUGCUGUCGCAGCUGAGUUGUGAUGCGCGUCAAGAGGACCGCAGUGGUCCUUCUGGUGACGAGUUGAACGCCUUACUCGCACUCGACGAGGCCCUCAGCGCAGCGGCGGUGGCGCUAGAUGGCCCACAGCACACCAACGACGCCGACCCACCCGCUGAGGUACACACACGCAUACACAUUGACAAUGAGUUGGAAAAAAGAGGUGGAGACCGGUCUCUGUGUUCAUUGUCAUCCUUCGGCCUCACUCAGGUGGCCGCAGCUGAUUCCGAUUUGAGUGCCGCUGCCCCACCGCAGCCGUCAUAUCGACUCGUCCAUCGAUCGGGACGACCGCCACCCAACCAGCCGCCGGUGAGGACACAAAAAGAACGACCCGCCACCUCUGUGCACUCAAUCACAUCUGUCUGUGUCGGUCUGUCUGUGUCUAAUUCCUAGGCCCGACUUCGUCUCUCUCCUGACGAGCUUGCCAACGUCUUCGGCUUCACUCACCCCUGGGAGCUGACCCGUCGUCGCCGCGUCCUCGGCAAGACCAUCUUUAACGGGGCGGCCGCCAACUGCACGCACGUCACCAUCGACGGAUCGGCCGAGGGCGGCGUGCGGCAGCUGUGGGAGAGGAUGCCCCUCGAGACAGCCUACAAGUGGGGGCAGCGGUUCCGCAACAUCACUCGUCUGCACACCAUCCUCACCAGAGGCACCAGGCGCUGGUGCCGUGGCAUUUGGGUGGCCUUGAUCGAGGGCAACGCGGCGGCCGAUGGCGAGGAGCAGGAGCACGAGGGAGACGAGGGGCUGGUGGGGGGAGGGUCGGCAGACGCAGUGCCAUCCGCCUCGUCCAUCAAGGUCCUAAGCUUCGACCACGACCACGGCAAUUGGUUUGACCUGGACAGGUCGGCGGAUGCCACCGAGAGGUUGGCCGACCCAAUGUCUCCCUCCCCCUCACCCAUCAAGCUGUCUCAGCUGCAGCGAGUGCACGACAUUGGCCACUCAUACGCAGCUGUACGUGGUGGUCGCGGGUGGGUGACGCCGUCCCUACGCGUGCUGACCUUCUUCAACGAUCAGAGUGGCGUCUCGGAGGGCGUGCACAGCUGGAUGGGUGGGGAGGAGGGGGCGGAUGAGCACACGCGUCCUCAUCUGGAGGAGUUCCAUGCUUACCUGUCCCUGUACACGAAGCAGGUCCUCUUGUCCAAGGCCCCUAAGGACGGCAGCUCCCUCUCCCGCCUGCAAACUAUCGGACCCAUUGGACCUGUGCUCGACAACAGUCGGGCGGUGGACGAGCUGCGUCAGACUCUGGUGGAGCGGGGCUGCCGCAAGAGCCUUCGCGAGCUGCAGAUCCGCCUCCCCACCCGCGCCGAAAGAACCCACCAGCGCGUGCUGCGUGACAUUGGACAGCUGGUGGACGAGGUGGUGCGGCCAGAUGCCCUCGACAACGUGACGGUCACUGGGGAUCGGUCCGCGGGCCUCAUCAUGGACAUCGAGCUUAUCGGAUGGAUGAGCACAGAGUCGCCACAGGUAUGGAGCGACAGACACACCAAUGGCGUCGAUGCACACAGCAGGUCUCUGUGCUUGUGCAUAUGGCACCAGGUGCAGAGGAUCGUUCGUGCGUAUGCCGCGGCCGCGGCCAAGGUGCAGUACGAUGGCGGCGUCCUGACCGACCCCAACGCCACCGCCACCACCACACACUUCCCCCGCGCACACGCAUUCACCUUCACCAGCGGCCCCCCCUCCCAGGUGACCCUCGACGGCCUCGCCAGGACCGUCGCCAAGAUGCCCCAAUGCCGCUGCAUUAGCUUCGGGGGCCCUGGUGGUGAUGCACCUCUUAGCCGGGCCGUGUCGUUCUUCGAGGCCCUCAAGGGCCAGCUGGCGACCAGGGUGGUGGUCGUGGGGAGAGAGUGCUCGAGUCAGUGGCGAUUCCACAGAGGGUCAAGACCAUCCUAGACCACAGCGAUGCCCUGCAGGAGUGGGCCACGCAGGACCUGCCGGCCAUCAAGAACGUCAAGAUAGAUGUGUGGGGUAAGACCUGCCUGCGCACACACACGUCUUGCCUCAUUCAUGUACUGGGUAUGUGGUGGAUGUUUCUAGGUGACCUACCUCCUGGUAUGACAGCGGAUUUCUACGCAUCGCUGACGGCGGUGCUCGUCGCCUUCAUCCGCAGGCCCGGCGUGCACACGGCAUGCGCCCAGCUGAAUUCUGGAGGGCUGGCGGGAGAGGUGCGCUGGGUCUUCAACGACGAGCAAGCCACGCUCGACCGUCAUGCGGCGACCAGGCUGCUCAGAGACCACUACACUAUCAGGAUGAACGACGACACCAUCAUCUUCGAGAAAAGCACUUAGAUAGAUUGACUGAGACCACGCAGGGGAAGUACCCGGAGCUGGAGUGAGUGAUGAAACGGCCGGGUAGCUGGCUGCAUGCCGGGUGUCUUUCUGAAG